AUGGAAUAUACACAUCAAUAUUCAUGGAUCAUACCUUUUAUUCCAUUCCCAGUUCCGAUGUUAAUAGGAGUGGGACUUCUACUUUUUCCGACGGCAACGAAAAAAAUUCGCCGUAUUUGGGCUUUUCCUAGUAUCUUAUUGUUAACUAUAGUUAUGAUUUUUUCGCUUGAUUUGUCUAUUCAUCAAAUCAAGAAUAGUUCGAUUUUUCAAUAUGUAUGGUCUUGGACCAUAAAUAAUGAUAUCUCUUUAGAGUUUGGCUACUUGAUCGAUCCACUUACUUCUAUUAUGUCACUAUUAAUUACUACGGUUGGCAUUCUCGUUCUUAUUUAUAGUGAUAAUUAUAUGUCUCAUGAUCAAGGAUAUUUGAGAUUUUUUGCUUAUAUGACUCUUUUUAAUAUUUCAAUGUUGGGAUUAGUUACUAGUUCAAAUUUGAUACAAAUUUAUUUUUUUUGGGAAUUAAUUGGAAUGUGUUCUUAUUUAUUAAUAGGCUUUUGGUUCACUCGCCCUAUUGCGGCAAAUGCUUGUCAAAAAGCAUUUGUAACAAAUCGUGUAGGGGAUUUUGGUUUAUUAUUGGGAAUUUUAGGUCUUUAUUGGAUAACGGGUAGUUUGGAAUUUCGGCAUUUGUUUCAAAUUAUAAAUAAUUUGAUUUCUAAAAAUGAAAUGAAUCUUUUUUUUGUUACUCUGUUUGCUCUCUUGCUAUUUUCUGGCUCAGUUGCAAAAUCUGCCCAAUUUCCUCUUCAUGUAUGGCUACCCGAUGCUAUGGAGGGGCCUACUCCAAUUUCUGCCCUUAUACAUGCUGCUACUAUGGUAGCCGCUGGAAUUUUUCUUGUGGCUCGUCUUUUUCCUCUUUUCGUAGUGCUACCCAAAAUAAUGAACGCAAUAGCUUUUAUAGGUAUAAUAACAGUAAUAUUAGGAGCUACUUUAGCUAUUGCUCAAAAAGAUAUUAAGAAAAAUUUGGCCUAUUCUACAAUGUCUCAAUUGGGUUAUAUGAUGUUAGCUUUGGGUAUGGGAUCUUAUCGAGGCGCUUUAUUUCAUUUGAUUACUCAUGCUUAUUCAAAAGCAUUGUUGUUUUUAGGAUCUGGAUCUAUUAUUCAUUCAAUGGAAGCUCUUGUCGGAUAUUCUCCAGCUAAAAGUCAAAAUAUGGUUUUUAUGGGCGGUUUAACAAAACAUGUACCAAUUACAAAAACUUUUUUUUUAGUGGGUACACUCUCUCUUUGCGGUAUUCCACCCUUUGCCUGUUUUUGGUCUAAGGAUGAGAUUCUUAAUGAUAGUUUUGUAUUCACCAAUUUUUGCAAUAAUAGCUUGUUCUGCAGCAGGAUUAACUGCAUUUUAUAUGUUUCGAAUUUAUUUACUUGUUUUUGA